AUGCUCUCGUCAGAUUUUGGGCUUUCAAAAAGGCUCGACGGAGUUGCGCAAACGAGCUUCAGUCAAACAGUCAACAAUCCCGGAGGAGCUUUUGGCUGGCGUGCUCCAGAGAUCUUGCGUGGUGAUGUCUACCUAGAUGCAGAUGCUGAUACUUGCGAUAGUACUUCGUCCUUCACUUCCGUAAGCGAUCAAGAAAACGGUGGCGAGUCAAAGCGUUCAGAAGAUCGGAAACGAUUGACAAGAGCAGUCGACAUUUUUGCAUUAGGGUGCUUGAUGUAUUACGAAUGGCGAUCAUCCUUUUGGCUUACGCUUUGA